AUCGAGGCGUCCGGAUCGGCGCGUUGAUCGAUGAGAGCUGAGAGCGUCCGGCCGGCGCGCAUACGGGACACGGUGCACGAUUUGUCGCUACAAGGAUUCCUAUUCAUUUGUAUCUUGUGUAACUUUUUAAGAGACGCCAGGAUGAACAAACGUCGUAGAACAUCGUCGGUAGCGAGCCGCGGUACCGAGGACGACGGCGACGAUAUUCCACCUGAGCCAACGAAAAGGAGGAAAAAAUUAGAUCCUAGUGACUUGUGCCAACAAUUGUACGAUGUACUUCGUAAUCAGAAGAAGGAGGAUGGAUCCUUGCUGUGCGACGCGUUUAUACGUGUGCCUAAACGCAGGCAAGAGCCAGGAUAUUACGAAGUUGUUUCCAAUCCUAUUGAUCUUUUGAAAGUGCAACAGAAGCUGAAAACCGACGAAUAUCGCGACAUGGAUGAUCUUGCCGCCGAUAUUCAGCUUAUGGUGAACAAUGCAAAAGCUUUUUACAUGCGUACAUCUCCCGAAUAUAAAGAUGCAACUGAAUUGUGGGAAUUAUGUAUAAAUACUAAAAAUCGUAUCACAGAAGAAUACGAAGAUCCAGAACCUAAAGGAAAACUUAUCUUAAAAGUUGGGAGACUGGCUCGUAGAGCAGCAACAAGACAAGAUGAUGCGGAAGAUACUUCUGAAAGUUCUGCAAAUCUUGAUGAAGAAACUAUGCAGCUCUUUGAAGAUUUAUUUGCAGCAGUUAUGACAGCGACCGAUCCUACUGACAAUAAUAGACCUCUUCAUAUAAUGUUUCAACUGAAACCAUCUAAAAAGCUUUAUCCUGAAUAUUACGAUGUUAUUGAGACACCUAUUGAUUUGAAAACUAUUGCUAGAAAGAUUCAAGAAGGUGCAUAUAGUUCAGUCGGUGAUAUGGAGAAAGAUUUAAUGCUUAUGUGCCGCAAUGCCUGUCAAUUUAAUGAGCCUGGUUCGCAAAUUUAUAAAGAUGCCAAACUCUUGAAGAAAAUAAUUACUGCGGCCGCGAGGAGGCAAGAUGGUGGAUUAGGUAGUAACACUCCCAAAAUUGCCACAACUGCUCCAUCGACGAGAAGCAAAAGAGGCAGUCGUACUAUGGCGCAAUCAUUAAUAGCGCAAACUGCGUCGUUACUCGAUGAAGAUGACGAAAGUGAUGAUGAGGAGGAAGAACCUGCUGAGACUGAAGAAGCUGAUAAUCCACAAUGGCAACUAUUUCAAACCAUUCGGACAGCUCCUAAUAAUCAAGGUGUAAGAAUGAGCGAAUAUUUUUGGAAGCUUCCAUCAAAGAGAUUAUAUCCUGAUUACUAUAAGAUGAUUAAAAAUCCUAUAUCUUUAUUACAAAUACGUACAAAAAUAAAGAAAGGAGAAUAUGGUACUGUUAGUGAAGUAGCUGGAGAUAUGAAUAUCAUGUUUGAAAAUGCUAAGAAAUAUAAUAUACAUACUUCUCGACUAUAUAAGUGCGCUGUUAAACUGCAAAAAAUAAUGCAGGAGAAAGUACAAGAGCUUCUAGAAUUUGAUCAGGAUUCCGAUUCCGAUAGCGAAUCCGAGAAUAGCUCCUAUCAACCUAAAUUAAUUAAACGCGCUUCAAAUUUAUUGACGCGAGGAAAAUACAAAGACAAUAUACCGUUGAAGAAAAGAUUGUACACAUUAGUCAAGUGUGUCAUAGAAUACGUUUGCGAGGAUGGUCGGCAACCUAUGUUAAUGUUUAUGGAGAAGCCUUCUAAAAAAUUAUAUCCAGAUUAUUAUCAAGUAAUAGCUGAACCUAUAGACAUGCUAGCAAUUGAAGCUAAUAUUAAAGCAGAAAAAUAUCAAAGCGAAAACGAAUUAAUACAGGACUUUAAGUUGAUGUUUAAUAAUUGCCGUCAAUAUAAUGAAGAAGGUUCAUUGAUAUAUGAAGAUGCUAAUACAUUAGAGAGAGUUUUGAUGGAUAAGGUAAAGGAAUUAGGACCUUUGCCAGAUACAUCCAAAUCCAAAUCUACCGCAUCAACUCCAACUAGAAAUGUCGGGAGACCGAAAAAAAUAGUACCGCUUCAUUUACAAAAAUUACGAACUCUAUACGAUACGAUAAAAGAUUACCAUGAUGCAAAAGGAAGACAAUUAUCUUUAAUUUUCAUGAAAUUACCAAAUAAAAAUGAAUAUCCAGAUUAUUAUGAAGUGAUUAAGCAGCCUAUACACAUGGAGAAAAUAGCUUCAAUUUUAAAGAAUAAUGGAUAUGAAAAUUUGGAUGAGCUAGUAUCCGAUUUUAUAUUAAUGUUCGACAAUGCGUGCAAGUAUAAUGAGCCGGACUCACAAAUAUACAAGGACGCUUUAAUACUUCAAAGAUUAGUGUUGCAAAGUAAACUACAAUUGAGUGAGGACGAAGAAAGUGUACCUGAUGUGUCUGCUGCUGUUCAAGAGAUAUUAGCGACUAUAUUCACCGCACUUUAUAAUCAUCAGGAUGAGGAGGGAAGAUGUUACUCUGAUUCUAUGGCAGAACUUCCAGAGCAUGAUAUUGUUGAUGGAAAAAAGAUACGAGGGCUAUCAUUAGAUCUGAUUAAGAGAAGAUUGGAUCGAGGGGUUUACAAGAGAUUAGAUCGAUUCCAAGAAGACGUUUUUACAUGCCUGGAGAGAGCACGAAGGUUGUCGCGAACGGACUCGCAACCGUUCGAGGAUAGUGUCGAGCUUCAGGCAUUCUUUCUACGUACUCGUGACGAAGCAACCCGUUCAGGAGAUCUGUUACAUUCACCGGCGUUAAAUUACACACUCCUUGAUCUGUCUUCUCAAGUAGCAGAACUCAAGAGGGUAAAGCAACAACAGGAAUUAAAUUUACCUAAUGAAGAUGAGAGCUGUGAUGGAAAUGAGACAAAAGACUCUGAGACGAAUACAAAUACGGAUACAAACAAUAGCGACAAUGGAGGCUCUAUGAGUUUCAAUCAAGAAGUAUACAGGGCUGGUGACUUUGCAUAUGUUGAACCUUCUGAAAGAGGCAUGGAAUAUAGCGUGGUUCUGAUAGAAAGACUUUGGACCAAUGCAGAGGGUCAACAAAUGUUAUAUGGAAAUCUCUUUUAUAGACCGAGCGAAACGUAUCAUGUAGCAUCGCGAAAAUUCUUGGACAAAGAAUUAUUUAAAAGUGACGCUCAUGUGGCUGUACCCUUAGCUAAAGUAGCAGGCAGAUGUUGCGUUUUGAGCGUAAAGGAUUACUUUCGAAUGCAACCAGAAGGUUUCUUGGAGAAAGACGUUUAUGUAUGCGAAUCGCGUUACUCCACAAAGGCCAGAGCUUUCAAGAAAAUCAAGGUCUGGAAUUUUGAUCCAGAUCAUUUAAAAUUAAUUCCUAGAGAGAAGCCAUUGGAACCAAAACGAGUAAUUUCCGUGUAUAAGGAACGAUUGGAGAAGCACAAGGAAGAAAUUGCUGAAUUGGAAGAGGGAGAAAAGUUAAUGGAAAAGGAGAAACCUAAUGUGAUAUUAUAUAAUGCGGAAGAUACCGAAAAUACAUACUACGAGCAGUACAAUACGUGCGCAGGGUCUGUGAAAACGGGCGACUUCGUUUACGUAGCGACAGACGGAGGCAGGCAACAAAUAGCACAAGUUGACGCUAUAUGGUCAACUAAAGAUGGGAAGUGCUAUUUCAAAGGUCCAUGGUUAUUAAUGCCUACAGAAGUGCCACAUACCCCUACGAAAUUAUUUUAUAAGCAAGAAUUGUUUCUAUCCACUGUAGACGGCACCCAUCCUAUUGUAGCCAUUGUUGGCAAAUGUGCCGUUCUCGAUUACGGAGAGUACAUAUGUAGUAGACCGACGGAAAUUCCAGAGGAUGAUGUAUAUAUCUGCGAAUCAUUAUACGACGAAAGCAAAAGCUUAAUGAGAAAGCUCAGUCAGGAGGGUUUAAAGAAAUUUAAUCAUCAAUCAGCGGUGACCGAGGAUGAAAUCUACUUUUUCCGGAGGCCUAUCAAUCCUGCCAAAGUUUCGAGCGAUGUGGCUCAGACGCAAAAUCAAGUCAAGUCCGUCACGCCCAGCUCGGCACAGUUUGAAAUGGAAGCGUCACCAUUGUUACCGAAGCUGGAACCCGAUGUACUAAGCAUGGGGGUAGGAUUAGGAGUGGGAGUGGGAGUAGGAGUUGGGGAAGACAGCAUGGAUGCUGGUGGUCCACCAUCCGUUGGAUCUACGGAAGCUCAACCGGUGCUCUCCAAUACUCAAACACCUGUGUCGACUAAGAAGAAAACAGCGGGUAAGAAAUUAGUUACGGGCUAUAUUUUAUAUUCGAGUAAAAUGCGAACGCAGAUUACACAAAACAAUCCUGAAUCAUCCUUUGGAGAGAUUAGCAGAAUUGUUGGCAACGAGUGGAGGAAGCUGCCGGCAGGGGAAAAGCAAGCCUGGGAGGAACGAGCGAUUAAGAUGAACGAGGAUGGCGGUCAGCUAAAGGGAACGACCACGAUAAGCACGAAUGCUACGCAGGACGUAGUGUACGAAUGUUGUUGGGAUAAUUGCGAUUGGCAGUUCGAAGACAUGACUGAUUGCAUCGAUCAUUGCAUUGCAGAACAGAAUGGUCAUGUACAAUCAUCGUUCGUGAACGCUCCUAGCGACGUGGAAUAUCAAUGCCAAUGGCGCGGUUGUGGCCGAACAAAGAAAUCCGUUCCGCCGUUCCCAAGUGUACAGAGACUCGCGAGACAUGUCAAGGAAGUUCACAUCCUCAAAUCGCACGGCCGCAUAAUACCACCUUCCGAAAGAAGCAGAAAUUACAUGCCUUCGAAAGGACCCACGGUAUUACCACCAAUGGAAACAGAAACUUCAGCGGCCGCGACUCAGACGAAUAGCUUACCUGCCGCUAAGCAACCAGAACCAAUGUUUGUUGCAGUACCACCGAGGCCGAGUCGUGUAUUACAUUCGGAUGCUUAUUUGAGGUAUAUUGAGGGAUUAAAUGUGGAGAAUCGUUACAUAUCAAAUUGGGAUAAGCAGAUGAACGCUAAUUCGGAUAACACGCAGAUACCCGAUGUGACGAAACUUCCCGCUGAAUGGUUAGGCAAUGGCGUUGGCAAUCACGGAAAUGUAGUGAACGCCUUGUGGACACUCAGAAACAUGAUGAUGCGGGAUGUGUUAGCCAUCAAUAAAACUUUAUAGUUUAUAAAUUGUUAAGAUUUAUAAUUUUUGAAGCGCAAUGCAACCUACACUAUACAGAUCCGUUGACGCAAGACGAAAGACUGACGAUAUUCAAUCAUUUGAAUGUUACAAUAUUUAUAUUUAGAAAAUUUGUUUUUCUGCUACAAUAAUAUCUAAUUUUUCUUAAUUUUAUAUAUAUAUAAGAUAAAUUUAUUUGAAACUAGACAAAGAUAUAUAUCCUAGACAAGAUAUAUAUCCUGGAAAUCUCAAGAACUCUACAUAU